AUGGUUACACUUGGAAUGAUGUGCCAUGUACCAACUGUUACAACUACACUUGUUUUAAAGGUACUAAGCGUAGCACUAUGAAGAUUUAUAACCGUAUAUAUCUUAAUCUUCACGUUCCAGAUAGUGAAUCUACUGAGUUAAAACUACAUUCAAAAAGGUCGAAACACAAUAACAGCAUGUUAGGCAGAUGGUUGGACAGAUUGCAUGGAAAGGAAGAGAGGGUAGCACUGAUCAGUUUCAUUGUUACAAACAUAGGGAAACAAGUCGUAUACAUUUCCAUUAAAAAAAUGUCCAUUGACCCAAAAAUGGCCGCAAAAGCCUGAAAUAGGCGUAAUCAAAAGAAGAACGAGAAAGCGUUCAUACGUUGAAGCCACGGGAAUGGUCGCGCUAACUUCCGCUUACUUUUUAACCCGGUUUUCUAAGCACGUCUUUGCAAAUUAUUAACGAACAUAAGCACAUACGUUAACCAUUAACUGAAAAAAGUCAUAUUGUUUGACAAGAACCUUCUGUGUGGUUACGUUUUAGACUUGGAUGAAUGUAACACUGGUUCUCAUUUCUGUGACGUCAAUUCCGUUUGCCAGAACACCGUGGGUUCAUACAAAUGCUCGUGUAAUGCUGGGUACACAGGAGAUGGAAAACCUUGCAAUGGCAUUUGAGAUACAGUUGAUCCUCCAUGUGCGACCAUCUCUCCUAAGCGACCCAUCAGUCGACAUAUCGUAACUUUGAAAUUGCACACAUUAAGUUGUUUUUCAAAGACACGACCUGUUAAUGUUCGAUUUUUGUAAACGACACCUUCCCGUAAGCGACUCUAAUCUGAAGGUUCAAAACUGACAGGGUGACAAGCCUUUAAUCUAUCGUAAGACCUGGGACUCCUUUCUCUCUUGUCUUCUUUUUUGUUUCAUUGUCCUAUUUGAUUUUUAAGUGCGUUGAAUCAACCCCUUAUGAGUUUCUGUUGUAAUCUAAUGUUUUUUUCUUAGUUUAUAUGUAAAAAAGGCAAAAAUAUCGAUUACCUAUUGUACCUAAGCAGGAUUAACGCAUAGAGAAAAUGAGAGUAAAUGAUCGUAUUGAUCAAGAGUUUGCUGCGUCACUAUUAACAAGAAGCGUUCCUCGCCUUUUUCUCCAGAUAUCGACGAGUGCUCUACCAACUCUCACAGCUGCGACGUUAAUGCGGUGUGUAGUAAUACUGUUGGAUCUUACGCAUGCGCAUGUAAAGCAGGAUUCAUAGGAGAUGGAUUCACAUGCACUGGUGAGCCGUUUGAGUACAAUUUUGUUGGUUUGAUAUGUUUGUUUUUUGAGUGAACAGCAACGGGAGCAAUACAAGAGUCUUUAGUGCUGUUCUCGACUUUUACAGUUAAAGGUUUGGUUAGACUGGAAUUUAAAUUAAUUUUAAUAUUGAAUGUAUGUAGUAAACAAAUAGAAAAAAGGAGCUAAGCAGCCAGUUUAUAUGAUAAGUGCAACGAUGGUGAUUAAAACCUGUGAUCAUUUAUUUAGGCCUAAAAGUCAAUUGGUUCGAUACCCUAACUGUGAAACAAUAGGAAAUAAUGAUAAACAAUGAUGUGUUAUUGUUUCUGCGACCAACGAGGGAACACCUUACGAGCAGCUCUUACAUUACUGUUUUUUUUUUGUUUUUUUUUUUUCACCACGCUUAAAGUAACUCAUUCCGUUUUUCUCGUUCUGUUUUCUCUUAGCAAUGAAAACCGUUUUUAUUAUACAUUUUGGCAUUCUUCGUUUUGUAGAUAUUGACGAGUGCGCCAGCGGUACUCACAACUGCCACAGUUCACUUGCUUCUUGUACAAACACGAUGGGAUCUUUUAGCUGUUCAUGUAACAAUCCUUCCAGCGGAGAUGGCAGAACUUGCAAUCUACCAUCAGGUAAUCAACUCGCCCAAUAUUAGGAAGAUGUCCACUUACUAGACCUCUAGUAUGCCGGCUAAGGGAUCGUCAUUACUUCCCAUAGCUAAUACUCAUUUCGUACCUACGUGACUAAACCAGCCUUCAACAAAUGUUUGAGCCUCUCACUCUAUCUGGAUUUUGUCCUGCAACCUCUUAUGUUAAGGAAUAUUUAAAGGGUCUAUGUCACCUCACACGCAUGCGCGAGCCAAUGAAAACAAACUUGAAAAAGUCGGCCCGUCUUUUUCAAGUUCUGUCGGAGAUUUUGGAAGGCUGUUUUUAUCUGUCUAAAUCUCAGCCAUCGUUCGAUAGUUAGCGAAGUUUUGUAUUAAGAAUCGUUCUAUGGUGACUACAGAAUAAUUUUUUGGCGUUAUUUUGAAAUUGUUUGCCUGUGAAUGUUUUUACGUGGAUUUGCUGUGUCAUCUUAUCAGCGGCCGUUGUAAUGGCAGAGUUAAUGACUGCUACUCCACAAUGAGUGAUGGAAUCUUUGAUGGAAUCUUCCCUAUAGUUCACAGAACCUUUCUAUUGAGUUAUUUUAGAGGCUGCUGGCUCUUGGAUUUUUCUUGUGCUCAAAGUAUGUGGACAUAUAAUGAAGCGGCUAUCAAGUUGGCGGCGGCCGUUUUUGGUAAACGAUUACAAGGGCAUCAGGCCAUGAGUUUCGUGACCAAACUAAACUCCUGGCGAAGGAAACAUUAUACAAUUUGGCUAGAUUCCUCCUUGUAUUUAUCUGGAUUCAGGGCAAAGAUAAACACGACCGUUUGCUCGUCCAGAUUGUUCUCAACGGACUUAGAGAGGCACCUUAGUACGACUUAGAUCCUGUAAAUGCCAUGUUUUUGAACCGUUUGUGUUGGAGCAUAUUUUUGGAAAAUAGCAGAGUUUACUUUCCCUUUUUAUCAACGGACUGCUUAUAGUGGAGUAGUAUACCAAUGAUGCUUGGUUCUGUUUUUCUUGACGUCGCAGUGAUUCGGUACGAUCGAACAAUUUUUGGCGAUAAUGUAUGUUUCCCUAUGAUCAAAACAAAAACUUGAUGUCUCUUGUUCUAUCAGCAUCUAAAUUAUAAAAUCACUAGCGACAGACAAGUCUAAUUGUUAAUGAUUUGAAACAGUCUUGGUCUUUAUCUUCGGUCUAGCGUCUUUUGUAGCUCGUUUGUAAAAUACAACUUCGAUUUAUUUUGUUGAAUAAGACAAUAUGUUGUUGUUGAAUUUUUGUUUGCCCACUAUUUUAUGAAUGGCAUGCGUUUUUACUCCAAAACUACAAGUAAAAUUGUCGUAACAAUUUUAUUCUUGAUCUAGCAUAACCAUAGAAGAAACGUUCCGUAAAUUCUAUCGAAAUAUCCCUUAUCUAAACCCAUUUCGCUUGUUAACCUCUCUAAAUUCGGAGCCUUCGACGUGACAGAGAACAUAGAGAAAGUCACGCGUUAAAAACAAUAGAAUUUUGACAGUUGAAAGUAAUUUGCAUAACCUCAGAGCGCAUGCUCUCCAGCUGACAUAGCCCCUUUAAAGACACCGGUCUAGCGAUUAACGGACUAUGAUGCUUAUGGACAUCACUUCUUUUGACUGCUGGAGCUUUAAGAUAAUGGUAGUUUCUUGGUGUUGGGCGGAGAAGAAAACUUAGUAAACAUUUCCAAAGACACAAAACAAAAGCGAACUAACAUUACUUAAUGUCUGCAACACCAAGAAACAAUGCGCCAAGAUAACAUAUACUAAUAUAUAGAUUUAGCCAGGGCUAAAAGCGAAGCUCCCGUUAAUAAAUUCAUAAUUUAAAUCAAACAAUAAACUUGCAAUCCACAGAUCCGGGCACAUUCAUGUGACUUUUGAGGCAAAGGCUAGGUGAUUUUAAAGAAAAAUAAUUUGACAGUCCAGGAGUGAAACAAACUUUACAUUGAGUUAGUAGUCUUAUUUGUACACCCAAAAAUAGCAAUCAUGUUCGAUCACAGUAGAUUAGGCCUGGAAAGUGUAUUGUAUUUGCAUUAACUGUUGCAUCAUAAUGUGGCAUUCACCAGUCUCUCCAACAUUGCCCCGUUUGAGAGACUAAUAAUUGGACAACCCCGAAAUAUAAUACUAUGAAAGAACGGUGAAGCAGACUAUUUUUCCCGAAACUUCGUGUACACAUUAAGGACAACAACAACUUGCCACAUGAUAAUUUUCAAAGAUUUUUAUUUCCAUUUUCUAGCAAAUUUCCAGACCUAAACUUCGCCCUAUAUGUUCUCUAUCAUUAACCAUGUUAUGAAAUCCGAACGUGGCACUAACAGUGAGCCUGGGUUACCUGUGAUCAAAGCACGCCCUUCCUUUGCACAACAAAUUAUAGAAUUGAGCACAUUAUAAAACGCUUUCAUGAAGAGAAUUCCAUAAUGCCGGGACUUUUUAGUUAGAAAAAUCUGUUUCUAUGUGAUAUGCAGUUUAAUAAUUAUGGGCUUUUAGUGAAAACGAUGAAAAAAAUUCCCAAAAUCACCUUUUCGGCCAGCCGGACGAGUUCUCACUUUUGACAGGCACAAAACUUGCAGUGCGAUUAAAAGAGUUACCAUUUACGCUUCAACAUAAUAGAGAUUUUGUUAUGUUUAGGUUUUAUUUCCCUGUAUUUGUAAAACUGUUAAUGGUCUUGUUAUGUGUAAUCUUUAAAAGCUAGUGAUUAUUUACGCGCGCGUUUUGAGUAUUCCUGCAUGCGAUGUUUAUGUUCGACUCGAAACAACCGGUGCAGUGAUAAAAAUUGCGAGAGGGACUACUAACAAUCAAUAAAAUAAAUAUAAUUCGGUGAAACAUGUACAGAGACAAUAAUUUUCAUUCACGAAGACAAGUAUUGAGAGUAAAGUGUCUCUGAAAAUCAUGAGUCAGGUAAGUAUAUAAAGCUUAUUUAUGUUUUAAGCCGGCUUCCCGGUGUUUGCUCUUUUUCAAGAUGAACCGAGGCAAGAAAAUCGCUCAGAGCUUUCUGUUUACAGCCAAAAUCAUAACUAAAUAUUCUUCGGAACUUUUUCUUUGAAUUUGCGGUCAAAAGACGUCUAAAGGAUUUUUAAACCUGAUACUAGUGUAGGUUAGAUCAUUGCUCGUGUACAAACUUAAGCCGCAUAAACAAUACGCUCGACUUUAGGAAACCGAAAAAAAAAAACACACACAUCAAAGACAAUAAUUGCUUAGGCUUACCAGUCGAGAUGCUGCUUCUGAAGGUCAUCAAGUUUUCCAAAAUUGCUUGAGACUUUUCAACCCUCUUACGCCUCAAGCAAAGGGCAAGUGCGUAGGUUCAUUUUUGAAAACGAUGCCAUCCGAAAUCGGAUUUCCAAUGACUUUGACAAGCGGUGCAUUUGUCAACAAAAAGCGCAAUAAACAAGCCAGCCAUGAAUUACAGAACAAUCUUGAUAGCAGCUGUAUUUCAUUUUGUACAGCAAGUGGAAAAAGACAAUUAAAAACAUCACAAGUUGACACAAAACUCUGUCAGCUUCAGCUGUCAAAGUAAACAAGUUUCCAGACACUGCAUAAAUUUUCCGCAUGAACUCACCUGUCAAAUUUUGACCAAUCAGAACAUAAAAAUUGGACGUAGAGCGUGAUCAACGCGUGACAGUGAGAAAAGUCAAAAACGAUUGCCUUCCCUGCAUGUAAAAGCCGGUUGAAUUUUCGCGUCCGAGGUCAGUUCGAAAUCAAAAUUUUAAAAGUGCGGCUCAUGAACACGACUUACUUUAUAUGCAUUUUAAAAAAAUUGAACUUGAGCCUGCGAUCAUUUGAAAAGUAGCAACUUGUCAGCGGAUUACUUCAAAAAACAAUCGAACUCAGUGGGUCGAUACCUGAGCCCUUGAUACGGUCAGGCGAUACUGGUCAGCAGAAACACUAUUUUGACAGCUGUCAAUUAAUCAAAACAUGGAUGUACAAUAUCAGGUUGCAGGCUCCCAAAGCAGCUAGAAAGUGUGAGAUUAAAGAUUGAUAUGCCUGUGGUGCGGACCGACGGAAGGUCGGGUGGUCGAUUUAGGUCACGUGAUUGCCGAAUUUUCUAGGAUGGAUAGAUUUUCUAAGCUAUGGGUGACCUCAAUGGAUAGAAAAAUGAGCCUGCGAUACAGUCAGGUGAUGAUGGUCAGCGUAUACUCUAGUUUGACAGCUAUCAAUUAAUCUUCAUUAGAAUGGCGAAUAUUCGAAUUAACAGACUACGACUGUGAGUAAGACAUAGCCGUCCGGCUUGUAGUGGAAAAUGACAGAUCGUGUACCUGAGCGAACCUGAGCCCAAGUUAUUAGUUUUCUGAUAGUGGUCUGCACAUAUCGCAUUUUGACAGCUGUCAAUUGACCUUAAUUUGGCUUGCCAAUAUAACUUUAAACGACUGACAGCCCAGCGCCCGGGGUAGUUUCGUUUUUAUGUUGAAUUGGUAAGUGUGACAUAUUAUAUCAGCUUAUAUGUAGGGGCAAAACGACUGGUCUUUGAUCUGAGCCCGCGAGAUGGUCAUAUGAUAAUUGUCAGCGGAUGUCUGUUUUUGACAGCUGUCAAUCUAAUCGUACUCAUACGGAUGGCUUACAAAACUGAAAGGCUAGUCAAGUUGUGCGAGAUCUAUUGUGACAUUUGACAUCGGCUUACAUGAAGUGUGUGUACGGGUGGGCGUACGCUACGUCAUAACCAAAUUUUCUCGGAUGGAUAGUUUACCAAAUUUUGUUACCCAUGGUGCUCCGCUGCGCGCGCUUCGCGCGCGGGAGCUCCGCUACUAGAGAGUUCAGUAUACUCCAUAGAAAAGUGUAAGAAAACUAUUUUUAGUCCCGACCUGAGCAAGUAAGAAGAACUGAAACGUUGCGACAAGGACCCCAUUAGCUGCCAUAAACUGAUCAGAUGGACUCAUGAUCAGUGGCCUACUUAAAAGCUUGAGCAUCAUCAAAGGGUUCUUGGUCCAAUUUUUUACAAGAGAUAAAGAAGCUUCACCAUAAGAAACAUGAAAAUGGGGCGUUGUAAAUCCGUUGCAUAAGGCGAAUAGUACUGGUGUGCUACAUACUUGAAAGGUUUAACUAGCAAAAAUCACUUUGUCAUUAGACCCUUGUCUAAAAACAUACGUUUUUUGGGACUCCGAAGUUCUAUUAUCUAGUCUCAGCUCAAACGGUUAAAAAUUGAAAAACUAGAUUGAAAAUGUUUACUUUUUGAUGACAGCCGACCCGGCGUGUUUUACAAUAGAGAGCCACCACAGGAACGAGAACGUCAUAACAAUCAUAGAUUUAGAUUAGCGACUUUGCCAGUUUAUCAUGCUUUUGAACCUCCUUCAAAACUUAUUAGUAUUCAGAAGGGAUAUCGUCCAAUGGACUUUAUGAGCUCAGUCUCUUGGGGCGGGGCUUUUAAUUGGGUUUGAGGAAAAAUAGGAGUUAAAAUGACUGAAACAGUUAUUGUAAAUACUAAUAAACAUAAAAUGUUAUGUACUACCCCCGGUCAUCCUAAUUUGCAACAAGAUUAAAAAUUAUUUGCGAAAACUUAUUCACAAAAAUGCAGAAGUUUGAGAAAUCACCAGACUAAUCCAAUUUCACGACUGCUUAUUCAUAGUUGGUGAAGUGAGACGCAAACAAUUCUUACAUGUACCAGUACUGAACGAUUUGCAAUUCCGCAAAACGUAAUUUAUAUCAAAUUCCCAUUAUGUCGCGUCGCAUCGCAGUUAGAUGUAGUGACACUCUCUUCGAACGUUUUUCCCUCUUGUACGAUUCAGAAUAACUGUAGAAAAUUCGUUUAUUUGGAUAGCCAUUUUGCCAAGGCAGGUAGAAGCUUAGGGCCUGUUUACAUGGAGGUGGGGGUCAACAGGUGGGUGAAGUGACCCGCUUAGGUAGGGUAACCCGCCUGUCCAUACAAUCUCUCAUAUGGUCAUUCCACCUAUCAUGUAAACUUGAUCAAAUUAAAAUGAGAGAUUAUAUGGACAGGCGAUUUACCCACCUUCAUGUGAACAGGUCUCUAAACUGUGGAACUUGAGGUUGUACAAUGUAUUUGCAUAAUUAUAUCUGACCAACCUUUGAUGUCUUGGUUGCUUUUUUGUUCCGAUUUUAUUGUUAUUUUUUAAAAUUAAAAGGCGAAAACCGUUAUUUGGCAAUCAUAUUGCAAUGAAAUAUUAAGUAAUAGCAAUAGUUUAUCAACCGACCCCAUAAAAUGGCUUUUCAGCCAACUUCACAAUUACAAUUUGAUAAAGCAAAAUUAUCUGCUUUACAAUAUGUGAAAUUUGUUAGGGAAAAAAAACUUGAACAGAAAUUUUUUUGGUGUUGAACGCCCAUUGAAACUAAAUGACAUCGACGAGCAAAAUUAAUAUCUGGCGCUAUAAUUGAAUACUGCAGAGAAAUAUGGCUUCUAUGGCGGCCAGCGGAACAAACGAGAGCGAACGCGCAAGCAAGCGGCAAAGCAGCCUUUCUAUCUCGCCUCAGCCUUCGAAAGCAGUCGUUUCUGCUCGCUCCUCGCCGCUAGGGACAAGCGUUGUAAAACAUUUUAACCGCAGAGUUAUUCAAUGCUUCCCAGCUUCUUUAAGUUUUGAUCAUUUUAACUACUGUCUAUUUUAAUUUCAGAAUGUCAAAAUUACGGGAGUCUGAACAAUGCUGACAGGAAGAUAACUUAUGGGAGGCCCAACAAUUAUUGUGAUAGCGGUAUCGGCCCUGGAUGGUUUCGUUUUGAAGGGUCCGCCGGCACAAGAAUGCCAACUUCAUAUCCACCUACCUACAGGUGUAACACUGAUGCAACCGGCUGGUUGAAUGGUGGACACCCCACUGUAGCAGACGGUCAGGUCAGCAGGACGGUGUGUUUUCACUGGAGUGGUAACUGCUGUUAUUGGUCAACAAACAUCAAAGUGAGAAAUUGUGGUUCAUAUUAUGUGUACUAUCUUAGUGAUACACCUUAUGGUUGUUAUCUCCUUUGUUGUGGUACUAACUAA